AUGCCACGAUCGUGGCGGAGUUUGGAAGGCUUCGAGCCAAGUCGAAAUUCAUGCCACGAUCGUGGCGGAGUUUGGAAGGCUUCGGAAAGCCAAGUCGAAAAUUCAUGCCACGAUCGUGGCGGAGAUUUGGAAGGCUUCGAAAGCCAAGUCGAAAAUUCAUGCCACGAUCGUGGCGGAGAUUUGGAAGGCUUGGAAAGCCAAUCGAAAAUUCAUGCCACGAUCGUGGCGGAGAUUUGGAAGGCUUCGAAAGCCAAGUCGAAAAUUCAUGCCACGAUCGUGGCGGAGAUUUGGAAGGCUUCGGGCAUUCCAUGCCAAGUCGAAAAUUCAUGCCACGAUCGUGGCGGAGAUUUGGAAGGCUUCGAAAGCCAAGUCCCAAACCGCGAAAAUUCAUGCCACGAUCGUGGCGGAGAUUUGGAAGGCUUCGGAAGCCGCCAAAGCCAAGUCGAAAAUUCAUGCCACGAUCGUGGCGGAGAUUUGGAAGGCUUCGAAAGCAAGCCAAGUCGAAAAUUCUGCCACGAUCGUGGCGGAGAUUUGGAAGGCUUCGGAAAGCCAAGUCGAAAAUUCAUGCCACGAUCGUGGCGGAGAUUUGGAAGGCUUCGCAAGCUAAAAGCCAAGUCGAAAAUUCAUGCUACGAUCGUGGCGGAGAUUUGGAAGGCUUGGAAAGCCAAGUCCGAAAAUUCAUGCCACGAUCGUGGCGGAGAUUUGGAAGGCUUCGAAAGCCAAGUCGAAAAUUCAUGCCACGAUCGUGGCGGAGAUUUGGAAGGCUUCGAAAGCCAAGUCGAAAAUUCAUGCCACGAUCGUGGCGGAGAUUUGGAAGGCUUGGAAAGCCAAGUCGAAAAUUCAUGCCACGAUCGUGGCGGAGAUUUGGAAGGCUUCGAAAGCCAAGUCGAAAAUUCAUGCCACGAUCGUGGCGGAGUUUGGAAGGCUUCGAAAGCCAAGUCGAAAAUUCAUGCCACGAUCGUGGCGGAGAUUUGGAAGGCUUCGAACCAGUCUCAUAAGCCAAGGUCGAAAUUCAUGCCACGAUCGUGGCGGAGAUUUGGAAGGCUUCGGAAAGCCGUCGAAAAUUCAUGCCACGAUCGUGGCGGAGAUUUGGAAGGCUUCCCGAAAGCCAAGUCGAAAUUCAUGCCACGAUCGUGCGGAGAUUUGGAGGCUUCGAAAGCCAAGUCGAAAAUUCAUGCCACGAUCGUGGCGGAGAUUUGGAAGGCUUCGAAAGCCAAGUCGAAAAUUCAUGCCACGAUCGUGGCGGAGAUUUGGAAGGCUUCGAAAGCCAAGUCGAAUUCAUGCCACGAUCGUGGCGGAAGUUUGGAAGGCUUCGAAAGCCAAGUCGAAAAUUCAUGCCACGAUCGUGGCGGAGAUUUGGAAGGCUUCGAAAGCCAAGUCGAAAAUUCAUGCCACGAUCGUGGCGGAGAUUGGAAGGCUCGGGCCAAGUCGAAAAUUCAUGCCACGAUCGUGGCGGAGAUUUGGAAGGCUUCG